AUGAGCAUCGAGGCCAAUACAUUAGAUUAUUUAAGAAGCGAACUUCAAGAAGUCAAAGUAGUUGAGAAGAUAAAUAAAGAUGAAUUCUGUAAUCUCAGAAGCUACAGGAAACGACGUGAUAUAAUUAUCGGAGUUGAUCAUUUUUUCGAAUUUGUCCAAUCAGAAGAGACCCAGCAACUGAAUUCAGGAUUGACCCUACCAAAGUUGGCCCUGUCAUAG